UUAAUUUACGAGACAAUAAGUCCAUAUUUUUGUUCUCGUUCGUUCCUGUUCUUUUUGUAACGAUGAUGAUAGCAAUAAUUAAACAAAAUCUUUAAAACCUUAGUGUUUGGUCUCAAAUGGCAGCAGCAACAUCUACUGCAACAACAAAAAUAACACAAUUGAUCAAUCCCACGCGCUCUUCACGCUCCAACCUUCACCACUUCUCAACAAACAAUGUUCUUAUUCUUCAUCACCAACCCUUUCCUUCCAAACUCUACUUCAACCAUCGCUCAAAUCUCUCAAUCAUCAAUUGCAAUAGCAAGCUGAAUAACUCAAGUGGGGGAGAAGCAUAUGAGAUGGAUGAAGGUGUUUUUGGGAGCUAUGAUGGAAUUGAAGAUGAGAGUGAUGAAGAUGAUGCAGAGAGUAGUGUUGAUUUGUUGAUAAGAUUCUUGCAAAGUAUGUUUAAGAAAAUGUCUAAAAGGGCUAAAAAGGCUUCUCGUUCUAUUUUGCCAACAGUAAUAUCUCCUCAGCUUGUUUCUUUUGCUGUUGACGGGACUCUGCUACUUGCUUCACUUUCUGUUGUCAAAGCACUUCUUGAGGUUAUCUGCAACAUUGGAGGCACUGUAUUUGCUGCAAUUCUGAUCCUGCGUGUGAUUUGGGCCGCAGUUUCUCACUUCCAAUCCAGUGCAAAUAGUUUCAAUCAAGGGAGCAAUUCCUUUGGUGCUGUAGCUUAGACAGAUAUGCUCUACAAAUUUAGUUUUCAUAUGAAAUUUUGUUGAGGUACAUAUUUUAUUUGCUUCAGCUGAAUAAAAGCACCUUUGGUGUUGAGAAAGAAGAAAAAUAAAAGAUCAUGUGAAUGAACAUGUGUGUCACACUAAAGGAUGUAACAAUGAGUCAUAAAUGUAAUUACAUCAUAUAUUGUAAUUGUUAUUUUCUCUAAUGAAAGGACAAUCUAUGAAAAUGUACUUCACCUUCUCAUGAA